CACCUCUCUUGCCAAGAUGUGGGCACCACCUUCGCCUUUCGCGUCGAACCCCCUGCAGACCCGUACGGACUUGGCCCAGUUCCUGACGUCGCUCCUCGACCCUCUCGCAGCGCAUACGUCGCCUGGGGGGUCACGCAUCCACCUCGGCUUCACAGGCACACAUUUUGACGAGACUGCGGCGCAUCUCGAGGGCUUCUCGCGCCCCAUCUGGGGCCUGGCGUCGCUCCUGGCAGGCGGCGGCACGUACACGGGCGCGGAACGCUGGGUGCGCGGAUUCGAGAGCGGCACGGACCCGGAGCACGAUGAGUUCUGGGGCGACAUGCGCGACCGCGACCAGCGUAUGGUCGAGUGCAGCGCCAUCGGUUUCUGCCUCGCUGUCGCGAAGGAGCAGAUCUGGGACCGGAUGGGCCAGAGGGGGCAGGGCAACCUCGAGCGGUGGCUCGGCGGGAUGAACGACAAGAAGAUGCCGAACACGAACUGGCUGUGGUUCCGUGUGUUCUCGAACCUCGGUCUCAGCAGAGUGGGGUCGUCGUACUUCUCGUCAGAGCGUCUCAAGGCGGACAUGGAGCACCUUGAUACGUUCUACAUCGGAGACGGAUGGUCGAGAGACGGCCCUGAAGGAGUCCUUCAACUUGAUUACUAUUCCUCUUCAUUCGCAAUCCAAUUUGCACAACUUGUGUACAGCAAACUUGCGUGGAACGAAGACCGCACGCGGUGCGAAAAUUACAGAGAGCGUGCUAGGCUCUUUGCCAAAGACUUCGUCUGGUAUUUUGAUGCAGAAGGUCGAGCUAUCCCAUUCGGACGAUCGCUCACCUACCGCUUCGCCAUGUCUUCGUUCUGGGGUGCAUGCGCUUUUGCCGACCUGGAGCUCCCUUCACCUCUCACCUGGGGUGUAGUCAAGGGACUACAAUUACGGAACAUCCGCUGGUGGGCGAAGCAGGCGGGUGCAUACAACGUAGACGGCACUCUGACUAUCGGCUACGUCUACCCAAAUAUGGCGAUGACGGAAAACUACAACUCUCCUGGAUCGCCAUACUGGUGCUGCAAGUCCUUUAUCUCCCUCGCUCUCCCAGAAUCGCACCCAUUCUGGGCAGCGCAGGAGGAACCCUACCCUCUUCACUUGCUCAGCUCAUUCACCAAAUCUUUACACAAACCUUUCCAUAUUGCCACGCACUCCGCGACGUCCUCAGCAGCACUGGCACAUUCUUACAUCUUGUCUAGUGGCCAACGCUGCUCGUACGCCGUGAAAAAUUCGGCUGCAAAGUACGGCAAGUUCGCGUAUUCUACCGCCUUCGGGUACAGCGUUGCAGUCUCAAACGGCCUGGGUGGUCCCGGGCUCGAGGAGGUCGGCGCGGACAGUGUGCUCGCCUUCCGGGACCUCGAGCAUGUCGUCCUCGGCGGCAAGAAUGCCGACGUCGGCGCUGCGGGUGCUGCAGGUGCCGCAGAUAUCGACCUCGAGGACGAGGGCUGGCGGUGUCGCCGUCGCGUCGACGACGCACGGUUCAAGAGCACCGGUCGCAGGGAAGAACUGCUCAGAAGUGUCUGGCGGCCGUACCCCGGCGUCGAAGUCGAGACGUGGCUCGUGCCGCCGGCCCCCGAAUCGCCGCUCUGGCACUUGAGGGUCCACCGCGUCCGGAGCACCCGCAGGCUGGCGGUGGCGGAGGGUGGCUGGGCCGCCGACGGCCAGCGGUGGGACGGGCGGCACCUCGAUGCGGUUGCGGAUGUCUCCGAGUUCGUCACACAGAGGGCGAACAGGACACGAGGCUACGGAUACCUCGAGAGUGAGGGCGGUGAUGCCGUCGGCGCGGCUGUGCUGACUGUCUCCAAGAGCGGCGUGAGCGGGAUCGUGGACCUGUCGCCAGACGAAUUCGCGCCUGCUGCUGGCGCGAGGCGGGCGGGCAGGGCGCUACGUACGGAUGCGAACACGAGCUUGAUGUUCCCCCGUGCUGUGGUGCCAAUGCUUGUCACAGAGCUCGAACCCUCGAAGGAGGGCAGGGAUCUCUGGUGGGUUACCGCCGUGUUUGGUGUGCCCGCCCGCGAUGGCCAAGAAGGCCCGCCGGAGGGCUGGCAAGCAGAGUGGGCGAAAAGCCCUGUCAUUCCAGAGGAGAUUGCGAAGUUGAUUAUAUAAGCAGUAUGUGCUUCUUGCAUUCUUGUGAGAAGAGUUAAUACAUCCACUCGUUGUAUUGUAUAAAGUUCAUCAAACAGUAAAACUUGAAA